AUGGAUUUUAACUCUUAAUGGCUUACCAAAGAACCUGAAAUUGUGCCUUUCAAGUCAAAGAUUAUGAAAAUCGCAUUGACCUAUUCUUCAAUUUUAGCAAUAGAUUGUAAGAUUUCAAAGAUAUUAAUUUGGCAUUUAGAGGAGUAAACUUUAUGGAGUUGGGGUCAAGAUCCAAUGAGAAAAGGGGUGCUCGGCUUUGGAGAGUAUCAACUUAAUAUUUAAAAUCCUUAGAUCCUUUUACAACAUUAAACAGACAUUUAAACAACACUUUACUCUUGCAACUCUAUUUAAGAUGAUAAAAAUGUCUCAUUCGUUUGGGGAACAAAUUAAUUUCAAACUAUUUCAACCUUUGAUGAGACUAUCUUUGAGCCUGUUGAAUUAAAGAAUUCCUAGGAAAAAUUGAUUCUCUUUGAUAAUUUAAUAUGCCUUAUAAGCCCCGAUGGUGAACUCAAACUGAAAGGACAUUUCAGGAAAUAGCACAACUUACAUCGAUCAUUUUCUGAAAAAUCAAUAGUCAAAUAAAGUGUUUACCUGUCUAAUGAUAGUUUCAGAAGCCAAAUAUAAGAUGCUGUGGACAUUAACUUAAAAAUAGAUUAGGAUAUUAUUAAUGUGCAUUAUUCAUCAUCUAUGGCUUUAAUUUAAACGAAAAAUUCCCAGUUAUUCUACUUACUUAAUGAAAAAUUUGAUCUUUAUGAAAUAGAUAUACCAUUCUAAUAUGAGAUACUGGAUAUUCAAUACACUUACUUAACAAUAUGGAUUUUAAUUCAAGGAAAAUUCGAUUAGCAAAAGUACCUUAUUGAGACAUUUUAGAAAAAGCUUCAGUUCAUCAAGGUAGGAGAGGAUUUCAAUUAAGGUAUCCAAAACUAUUCUAAUACAAAAAAUAUGAAUGGAUAAGUCUCGUUUAUUUUUGAGGAAGUAGUUGACAUUGAAAAGAUAAACAAGGAGUAUGAAGAUUUGAAAAAGAAAAUAAAUAAAAAGCUAGGCAAUGAAAAUCAAAAUCAGAGCUAGAAUAUCUUAUAGGUCCAUAACACAUCUUAAUAUUCAGUUGAUUAAUAGUCUGAUAGAUGCUAAUUGGAAUUAAACUUUGAUUAUGAUACCAAGAAGAUUGGAGAUAUGGUUGAAUUAGAUAUAGAAAUGAAGCAUCUUAGAAAUAUAGCUCCAAUGCAGUUCAAAUGGAAUUAAGAGGAUCUUUCGUAGGUAAAAUCAUUGUCCUCGUUAAGAGGCUCCAGACUCGCAUUGUAGGAUAUAACAGCAAAAACCAAUAAUUGCUAAUAGCUUUUAUCUGAGAGAGAUAUUUUUACUAAUCCAUUUAAAGGCUCUUAAUGUAGUUAUGUAAAUUAUCAAACGAUAGAGAAAUCUUUAACUCCUAAAACACCCAAGAAAUAAGUCAAUUAUAAAGAUGAAAAUAUCUAGGUGAAGGAAUAUAUGAUAGAUCCUAAGCUUAUAAAAAUUACGAGCAUCUUAGAAAAAAAUAGUAAAAAAGAAAUUUUCUAGCUUUACAAAGAGUAUAAGAAAUUUGAAUUAUUGUAAAAGCAUUUAAGAUAUUUGUGGAUGAAUAGAGGGUAAUUUAAGCGCUAGAAAAACUUGAUAAUUUCCACAAUUAUCAAAUAAAAACAGCAUUCUUUGAAUCUAUCAAAGAUUUGUCUAAUUAAAGUAUAGCAAAGUGAAGGUCUAGGCUAUACAGGUCUAAUUUGA